AUGGAUUGCAGAGGCUUAGUGCCCGUCAAGCGAGCCGCUGCUCCCCUAUUGGGUGGCCGGCCGGAGGGGGCGGGCGUACGCAGGCUCCCGGAAGUCCAGGAGGGCCCGGCGCGCUUUGCGGACCGGCGGCCAGCAAUGUGGCUGGAGCUGGGGGGCCUCCUGCGGGGGACUUUUGCUGUGCCUCGAGGGGCGCGAGGCCCUGGGCUGCGCUGGUGGGGGCCGCAUUGGGGUUCCUGGACCCCAAAGUCACUGCAUGAUGAGCCUGGAAGGGGCUUGGGGGAGGAGGACAUUCGCAGGGCACGGGAAGCCCGGCCCCGGAAGACAGCGCGACCCCAGCUGAGCGAGCGCUCUCGAGAACGCAAGGUGCCUUCUUCACGCAUCAGUCGCUUGGCCAGCUUUGGGGGGCUGGCUGUGAGCCUGGGGCUGGGAGCGCUGGCCGAGGUGGCCAAGAAGUCCUUCCCGGGAGGACCCCUGCAGACAGAGGGCGGCUCCCAACUGGGCUCCAGCCCCUUCCUGUCCGAGGCCAACGCCGAGCGAAUCGUGCAGACCCUGUGCACCGUGCGGGGCGCCGCCCUCAAGGUUGGCCAGAUGCUCAGUAUCCAGGACAACAGCCUCAUCAGCCCCCAGCUGCAGCGCAUCUUCGAGCGGGUCCGCCAGAGCGCCGACUUCAUGCCUCGCUGGCAAAUGCUGAGGGUUCUAGAAGAGGAACUCGGCAAGGACUGGCAGGCUAAGAUGGCCUCCCUGGAGGAGGUGCCCUUUGCCGCUGCCUCCAUUGGACAGGUGCACCAGGGCGUACUGAGGGACGGCACAGAGGUGGCUGUGAAGAUCCAGUACCCAGGCGUUGCCCAGAGCAUCCAGAGUGAUGUCCAGAACCUUCUGGCAGUGCUGAAGAUGAGCGUGGCCUUGCCGGAGGGCCUAUUUGCCGAGCAGAGCUUGCAGGCCUUGCAGCAGGAGCUGGCUUGGGAGUGUGACUACCGCCGCGAGGCAGCCUGUGCCCAGAACUUCAGGCAACUGUUGGCAGGCGACCCCUUCUUCCGCGUGCCAGCUGUGGUUGAAGAGCUGUGCACGACACGGGUGCUGGGCAUGGAGCUGGCUGGUGGGGUGCCGCUGGACCAGUGCCGAGACCUGAGCCAGGACUCACGGAACCAGCUUUGCUUCCAGCUCCUGAGGCUGUGUCUGCGCGAGCUGUUCGAGUUUCGAUUCAUGCAGACCGACCCCAACUGGGCCAACUUCCUGUAUGAUGCCUCCAGCCACCAGGUGACCCUACUGGACUUUGGUGCAAGCCGGGAAUUUGGGACUGAGUUCACCGACCAUUACAUCGAGGUGGUGAAGGCUGCAGCCGACGGAGACAGAGCCCGAGUGCUACAGAAAUCCCGGGACCUCAAGUUCCUCACAGGCUUUGAGACCAAGGCGUUCUCCGACGCCCACGUGCAGGCCGUGAUGAUCCUGGGGGAGCCCUUUGCCACCCCGGAACCUUAUGACUUUGGGGCCGGGGACACGGCGCAGCGCAUACAGGGCCUCAUCCCCGUGCUGUUGAGGCACCGGCUGCGCCCACCGCCCGAAGAAACCUACGCCCUACACCGCAAGCUGGCCGGGGCCUUUCUGGCCUGUGCCCGCCUCCGCGCCCGAGUGGCCUGCCGGGACCUCUUCCAGGACACCUACCGGCGCUACUGGGCCGGCCGCCAGGCGCAGCCACAGCCGCCAGCCUCCUGAGCGGCAGGGACCUCCUGCCUGCACCCUCCGACAGCCAGCCUCUGCUCCAUGGAGGCCCACCCGGCUGCCGCCCUGGGCCUGGGGCACCCUGGGGGCUAGGGGAGCCCCCUCCGCAGCGGGCACCCAGGGGCAACUAACCCAGGAGGCCGGUUAACUUAUUUCUACCAAAUCUGAAGGCGUCACCUACCCGCCCUCCCCACCACCUAGCCCUUAUUCCUGGCUCCCAGCAUCCGCUGGUGAAGGUGGAGCCAGCCCUCACCUGUGCCGCCCUCCCACCCACCUCCUCUUCCACCAGCUGCCUGGUCCCAGGCUCCAGCCUCCUCCGGCCAUGGGAGGGGCG